GUUGCGGCGGGUUUGAAAGCGACAGUUUCCUGGCAGCUUGGGCAGGCGUUGGUCUCCGCGGUCCAGCUCCGCAGCGGCCCCGGUCGAUCCUGCGACGGGUCUACGCGCGCCUUUGCGCGCCGCCGACGGAUUUUCUCCCGUUCCGGCUCUUCCCCCUUCACCUCCCCGCCCCCCCGCUCCUGCCUUUCCCGCCGCUCCGGCGCUGCGCCCGGGGGCCCGCAGCCGGCUGUGACCCCGCCCGAAACCCCUCUGGAGCCGCCGGAGAACAAUUCCCUUCUCCUUUCCUCAGCCUAACCCAGGGUGGCCCUCGCGGAGCCAGACCAGCCGGGAGGAGCGCAGCCGGGAGGGGCGUCCGAGGGGCGUCUCGGAGCUUGGAGCGGCCCGGCCCCCGGCGGGCUGUGGCCAGUGGUGGGGGACGCCGGAGCGGCGAGGCGCUCUCGCCGGGCUGCGCGGGCCGCCCGGGGUCCCCAGGCUGAGAGGGGCCCGGAGCGGCGACCCCGCCGCCCGCGCGGGGUCUCCCUCAUGGUGCAGCGGGAUUCGGGAUGUCGAAGACGCUGAAGAAGAAGAAGCACUGGUUCAGCAAGGUGCAGGAGUGCGCGGUGUCCUGGGCCGGGUCCCCGGGCGACUUGGGCGCCGAGAUCCGGGGCGGCGCGGAACGCGGCGAGUUCCCGUACCUGGGGCGGCUCCGGGAGGAGCCCGGCGGGGGCACCUGCUGCGUCGUCUCGGGCAAGGCGCCCAGUCCCGGGGAUGUGCUGCUAGAGGUGAACGGGACGCCUGUCAGCGGGCUCACCAACCGGGACACCCUAGCUGUCAUCCGCCACUUCCGAGAGCCCAUCCGUCUCAAGACUGUGAAGCCAGGCAAAGUCAUUAAUAAAGAUUUGCGGCAUUACCUGAGUCUUCAGUUUCAGAAGGGAUCAACCGACCACAAACUGCAGCAAGUGAUCAGAGAUAAUCUCUACUUGAGAACCAUUCCAUGCACUACACGGGCCCCCAGGGAUGGGGAAGUACCAGGGGUGGACUAUAAUUUCAUUUCUGUUGAGCAGUUCAAAGCACUGGAAGAGAGUGGAGCAUUAUUAGAAAGUGGAACCUAUGAUGGAAACUUCUAUGGAACUCCCAAGCCUCCAGCAGAACCCAGCCCUUUCCAGCCAGAUCCAGUUGAUCAGGUUCUCUUUGAUAAUGAAUUUGACACAGAAUCCCAAAGAAAACGAACUACAUCUGUCAGCAAGAUGGAAAGAAUGGACAGCUCUCUUCCUGAAGAAGAAGAUGAGGAGGACAAGGAAGCUAUUAAUGGCAGUGGAAAUUCAGCAGAGAACAGAGAGAGGCAUUCUGAGUCAUCUGACUGGGUGAAGACUGUUCCGAGUUACAACCAAACAAAUAGCUCCAUGGACUUUAGAAAUUAUAGAGAUGAGAAUCUGGAACCACUGCCCAAAAACUGGGAAAUGGCCUACACUGACACCGGGAUGAUCUACUUCAUUGACCACAAUACCAAGACAACCACGUGGUUGGAUCCUCGUCUUUGUAAGAAAGCCAAAGCCCCUGAAGACUGUGAAGAUGGAGAACUUCCUUAUGGCUGGGAGAAAAUAGAGGACCCUCAGUAUGGCACAUACUAUGUUGAUCACCUUAACCAGAAAACGCAGUUUGAAAAUCCAGUGGAGGAAGCCAAAAGGAAAAAGCAGUUAGGACAGGCUGAUAUUGGGUCUUCAAAACCAGAUAUGGAAAAAUCACACUUUACUCGAGAUCCAUCCCAGCUUAAAGGUAUCCUUGUUCGAGCAUCACUGAAAAAAAGCACAAUGGGAUUUGGUUUUACUAUUAUUGGUGGAGAUAGGCCUGAUGAGUUCCUACAAGUGAAAAAUGUGCUAAAAGAUGGUCCUGCAGCUCAAGAUGGGAAAAUUGCACCAGGUGAUGUUAUUGUAGAUAUAAAUGGCAGCUGUGUCCUUGGUCACACUCAUGCAGAUGUUGUCCAGAUGUUUCAGUUGGUACCUGUCAAUCAGCAUGUAAGCCUCACUCUGUGUCGUGGUUAUCCACUUCCUGAUGACAGUGAAGAUCCUAUUGUGGACAUUGUUGCUGCUGCACCUGUUGUCAAUGGACAAUCAUUAACCAAGGGAGAGACUUGCAUGAACACUCAGGAUUUUAAGUCAGGAGCAAUGGUUCUGGACCAGAAUGGAAAAUCGGGACAUACCCUGUUGAGUGAUCGUCUCAAUGGACCAUCAGAUCCAAGUGAGCAGAGAGCAUCCAUGGCAUCAUCAGGCAGCUCCCAGCCUGAACUAGUGGCUGUCCCUCUGGUUAAGGGCCCAAAAGGUUUUGGGUUUGCAAUUGCUGACAGCCCAACUGGACAGAAGGUGAAAAUGAUAUUGGAUAGUCAGUGGUGUCAAGGCCUACAGAAAGGGGAUAUAAUUAAGGAAAUUUACCAUCAAAAUGUGCAGAAUUUAACACAUCUCCAAGUGGUCGAGGUGCUAAAGCAGUUUCCAGUAGGUGCAGAUGUACCAUUGCUUAUCUUAAGAGGAGGUUCUCCUUCACCAAGUAAAACUGCCAAAAUGAAAACAGAUAAAAAGGAAAAUUCAGGAAGUUUGGAGGCCAUAAAUGAGUCCAUUCCCCAGCCUAUGCCUUUUCCACCCAGCAUUAUCAGGUCAGGAUCCCCGAAAUUGGAUCCUUCUGAAGUCUACCUGAAGUCUAAGACCUUAUAUGAAGAUAAACCACCAAACACCAAAGAUUUGGAUGUUUUUCUUCGGAAACAGGAAUCAGGGUUUGGCUUCAGGGUGCUAGGAGGAGAUGGACCUGACCAAUCUAUAUACAUUGGGGCCAUCAUUCCUCUGGGUGCGGCUGAGAAAGAUGGUCGGCUCCGUGCAGCUGAUGAGCUGAUGUGCAUUGAUGGGAUUCCUGUUAAAGGGAAAUCACACAAACAAGUCUUAGACCUAAUGACGACUGCUGCUCGAAAUGGCCACGUGUUAUUAACCGUCAGAAGAAAGAUAUUUUAUGGUGAGAAACAACCUGAGGAUGACAGCUCUCAAGCCUUCAUUGCAACGCAGAAUGGAUCUCCAUGCCUGAACCAAGCAGAGGUCCCAGCCAGACCUGCUCCCCAGGAGGCCUAUGAUAUUGUCUUGCACCGAAAAGAAAAUGAAGGAUUUGGUUUUGUUAUCCUCACCUCCAAAAGCAAACCACCUCCAGGAGUUAUUCCUCAUAAAAUUGGCCGAGUCAUAGAAGGAAGUCCAGCUGAUCACUGUGGAAAACUGAAAGUGGGAGAUCAUAUCUCUGCGGUGAAUGGACAGUCCAUCAUUGAGCUGUCCCAUGACAGCAUUGUCCAGCUGAUCAAAGAUGCCGGGGUCACUGUCACGCUAACAGUCAUUGCCGAAGAAGAGCAUCACGGUCCACCAUCAGGAACAAACUCAGCCAGGCCGAGCCCAGCCCUGCAGCACAGGCCCAUGGGACAGUCACAGGCCAGCCACAUGCCUGGGCACAGAAGUGCCCUGGAAGGUGAAAUCGGAAAGGAUGUCUCCACUUCUUACAGACAUUCAUGGUCUGACCCCAAGCACCUGGCCCAGCCGGAGCCUGCAGGGGUCUCCGUGGUGGGCGGCCGGCACAGUCAGGGCCUUGGCUGCUACCCCGUGGAGCUGGAGAGAGGCCCGCGGGGCUUCGGGUUCAGCCUCCGAGGGGGAAAGGAGUACAACAUGGGGCUGUUCAUCCUGCGCCUGGCCGAGGACGGCGCAGCCAUCAGAGAUGGCAGGAUUCACGUUGGUGACCAGAUUGUUGAAAUCAAUGGGGAACCUACACAAGGCAUCACACAUACUCGAGCGAUUGAGCUCAUUCAGGCUGGUGGAAAUAAAGUUCUUCUUCUUUUGAGGCCAGGAACCGGCUUGAUACCUGACCACAGUGAUUGGGAUAUGAAUAAUCCUUCACCUUCAAAUGUAAUCUACGAUGAACAGUCACCAUUUCCCCCAUCUUCACAUUCUGCUUUCAUAUUUGAAGAGUCUUAUGUGCCAGUAACUGAAGAAUCCUUAAUGAGAGUUCAUAUAUGUGAAAAUGCAGAAGAAUUAAAGGACAUUGUGCCUGAAAAGAAAAGCACUUUAAAUGAGAAUCAGUCUGACAUAAAGCAUCCAUCUCUUCACCAGAAAAGUAUGAAUAAAAGGGAUCCACCCCACAGUCUAGGGCAUAGUGACAAGAAAAAUCUCUUAAAAAUAGAAAAUGGUGUUACACAAAGAGGGAGAUCUGCUAGCCCCAAAAAGUCAGCCAGUCAGUGUUCAGAGGACCAUUUAGAAAAGAUUACCGGUCCUCUAAACAUUGACCCUAAAAGACGACCCAGAGACCGAUCACUCAGCCCCAGAAAAGGGGAGAAUAAAAGUCAUCAGAUUGGCACCAGGGCAGGUUCUGGACAAGAUCAUCACCGGGAAAGCAGAGGAGAGUCUUCAAGCCCAAAGAAGCAGCCAACAACUGAAGGACGCAAAGACCCAUCAAGUGCUGAAGCCAAAUUAUUAGAGUUCGGGAGUCGAAGAGUAGGGGACCGUGAUAGUGACAACGCGGAGCUCAUCUCAGAUGGGAAAGACAAAUCGGGUGUUACCAGGAAAGAAACAAAGCAGAGUCAGUCUGGAAAAAACAGGACAAAGUCUCCAGAGAAAAAAAGCAAGAGAAUGGAUGAAAAGUCUCUUCAAUCCAAAAAGGCUACUAAUGUUCCUGGCAGAGCAGUAGCCGACGAUGCCAACGGAAAGAAAGCAGCCUUAGGAGAAAAAAGCUGUACUAAAGAUAAAAUAGGAGAAAACGUCAAAAUAUCAGAAAAGAAGCUGAAGCAGGAACCUGACGAAAGAACGGUUUUAAACAAAACAGAAGAUUACAAAGGGAGAGAACCCCAGGCAGCUGACAAAAACAGAGAGAGUAGAGGGGUCAAACCUGAAAGCAGUUCUCCAGUGAGGAAAACACCAAUAACUCCAGGGCCCUGGAAGGUGCCAGGUGCAAAUAAAGCCACAGGCAAUACUGGGGUGGCAAAGAGGCGGCUGUGACCUUUAGCAUAAAACAAACAAAAACAAGUUGCAAUCUUUUCUUCCUAAAAAGCGGUUUUCAAAAAAAAAAGUCAUUUUUCAGAAAUUCUGAAACACACAUUGUCCAUUUUAAUUUGAGCAUCAAGUUACCUAGGCUGCAUGAAGGGCCUUUAGGAUUGCUAGGAACCAACUGGCCCCUGGUUGGCCACCCUCAGGCUCAGGAAGGCGCUGCACCCACGCCCACCCAACAUGCCCUGCUCGGGCUGCCCAGCUCGUCUUCAUGCGUGUCUGAACAAAUGACAGAUGUUGAUACUCAAUGUGGUCACAGAUCUAUAUAUUUGUGCCAAGUCAUCUACUGUAUCAUGUCUAUUUGAUCCUUCUCACUCAAAUAUUCCACAGUAAUGAAAAAAUUAGGUUUGGCUUGGAAGUUGAUAUUCUCAAUAGCAUGUUGCAUGUUUACAGAGAGAAAUAUUUGAGCCCUUGCAGAAGAAGAGAUGAACUCAUCAGUUAAGAUGGCAGUUGUCUCUUCUAAUAGCUACUGAUGCUGUCCUUUAAAAAGUCCAAAACAUAACCAGUGUAAAGAAACAAAAUAUCAGAUAUUGACACUUAAGGGUUUUUUAAUUUGGCUGGAUGAGGUAUUCUGAAUAACUGUUGAAAGAUACUACUUACAAUUAUAUGUUCAAAAUGAGAGUAAGCAAUUAAGAGUUCACCUUCUGCGCUGUUACCCACCCCUGACAGAGCUGUAGCCCCACCAUCUCCCUCUUCAGUUAUUUUGUAAGAAACCACAAAGCCAGCAUGUGGAAAUACUGCUUAUUGCUCUUUGUAGAAAAACUACAAAUUUCUAUUCCUGGAUAUUUUGGUUGUACCUGUAUCUUAGUAGUUAAUACAUAAUAAAUACACAUUUGAAGAGUCACAAUAUCACACAGAGUGUGAGGGAUUUAAUCGUUAAACCAGUUUCAGCCCACUGCCAGCCCCAGAGCCGACCUGUGUGUGCAGCUGUGCAGGCGGGCUGCUGAGGAGACCCUGUGCUAAGACCCGCUCAGCCAGUAAGGAUGGGCACGGCUGUGGGCAGCACAGGCGGGACCUUAUUUCUGGCAACAUUGACUUACUUGAAAACAAGAAAGGGAGACAAAACAUCUGCUUAACUUGUAUAAGUUUUCAGAGUGAAAGCCUGAUUAAAGAUGUUUGUUGGAAGGUGGAGACGACAGCUUUUUAACUCCAUAUAAUAAAUCCAGGUUUUCAGUCCCUUGAAGUAACAUUCAGUAGCGCCUAUAAAUAAAGGAACAUUCUAAUAAAACCAUUUUAUGGAGUAUUUGAACACACUUGUUCUGUCACCCAGGGUUCAUCUUGUUAUUGUGAAACACAUUAUGUCCAGGUUCUUCCCUCCCAGUCUGACUGUGAAACUCUUUCAUGUAACAACUGAAUCAGCCCCUGUAGAUAAGACAUGUUUCCCAGAGUGAGAUUUUUGAAGCCCCUUUUCAUUCAGAACUCAAUCUACCCACCUACUGUAACUACUUGAAUAGAGCAAAAUUAGGAGGCUUGAUAAACAGAGAAUUUAGUACCACAGAAAUGAUUUAUUUUCCCUAUAGUCCACAAUUAGUGAUAAAAAUCCUAUUUUUGUUAACUGUGACAUGUCUUUGAUGUCAUUUGUCAGUCUGAUGUGGCUCUUUCCUAAGUAACCUGUCACUGUACUAAUUAUAUACUGACUUAGCAAUGUGGCCUUGGAAUGCUAAGCAAAAUAUGGAUGUACUGGUUGUAAAUGUUUAUAUAUUGUACAGAUCCUUUAUAUAUACACCUCAAGUUCUGAUUAGAGAAAGAUCUGUAAAUUGCUUGUUAUUUUUUAUAUAGAUAAUAAAAAAACAAAAAAUA